GUUUCUACUUUGAGUUCUGCCGACGUACAAGGUCAGCCAGUCGUGCUAUGUUGUGCACAGCACGGGGCCUCGAUAACACCACGGCUUCCAGCCAUGAUGAUGUCUGUGGGCGGGGAGGAGGUGGAGGUUGCGCUUGCCAGUGUGCAACCGUUGGGUUACCGCCUUCGAUAGCACUAUCAAGCUCCUGGCCGGAUAUGGUCAUGGGGGAGUAUGUCCCAUAUAACAGUGAGAGUCAACGUCGUGUUGAUAGAGCUUACGACUGUAGGCGUUUCUAUCGGUUCGCGACGUCGAGGUGCCUCUGCACAUACCCGUAAAAUAUCUUCGCAAUCUUUCUUACGGACUCAUUACGGGUUACGUGUUCAACCAACCAUUUUCGUCCCAACAGUAAACAUUUGACCAUGGGUUCACUUGGGUACGACGAACCGAGGUUUGAAGGGUCGUACCCGAAGCCGGUAGGAUCAUAUCCUCCAACCAACAUCGACGUCCUCAUCGUUGGAACUGGCCUGGCAGGGCUGACAGCGGCUAUUGAAUGCGUCCGAAAAGGCCAUAAUGUCAGGGUCCUUGAGCGGAAUGCUACCAUCAACACAGCAGGCAAAUGUUUAGGCGACAUGUACUUCAUGGGACUUAGUGCCACUAAGUUUUUUAAGCAUUGGCCAGAAAUGUCGGAGGAAUUCAAUGAAAUUUCGCUACACAAUGCGUGGAUUGAAACUUUCAAGCACGAUGGUGAGCGUAUGAUCCCUGCCAUGAAAGUUGAAGACCGCUUGCGUGAUGCCGGGCUCGACCCUAAAACACCGCCCGGUACAUUUCAGAUGAGACCCUUGGUCUACAAGAUGUUUGUUCAUCAGGUAGAGCGACUGGGUGUGAACAUACAGUUUGGAAAGCGUGUUACCGACUAUUUCGAGGACGAGGCACGGGGCAAAGCAGGUGUAGAGACUGACCAAGGGGAGCGUUACGAAGCGGAUGUCGUCAUUGCCGCUGAUGGGGUGGGAUCGAAGAGCCAAAGACUUGUUGGUGGCCAGGUGCGGGCAAUGAGCUCUGGUAGAGCUAUGUGGCGUGCUGCGUUUCCGAGAGAGCAUGUGGUGAAGAAUGCCGAAGUGAGUGGAUUCUUCAAGAUGAUGGGACAGAACAACAAUGAGCCAAUCGUCAGGACAUGGCUAGGUCCCGGAACGUACGCCAUGACAUUGACCCGACCUGACACAAUGAUCUGGAUCAUGAAUCACGACGUGACAGGCUCUGAAGAAGAGAAUUGGAAUCAUACAGUCGAAGCCGAUGAAGUUCUGGCCAACAUGGAUAAAGGCGUCGGCCCGAAGCCUUGGGCGCCUGUCUUCAAGGAGCUGAUUAAGCUAACGCCGCCGAAGACCAUCAUCAAUUUCGAGCUCUUUUGGCGAAACCCUCAACCUUCGUGGGCGUCACCCGGUGCCCGUGUCAUAGAGAUCGGCGAUGCGGCACACUCUUUCCUUCCUGCUUCUGGUAAUGGAGCUACACAAGCAAUUGAGGACGCCGUGUCAAUAGCGUCCUGCCUACAGAUUGGAGGCAGAAACAACAUUGCACAGUCGGUUCGCGCCCACAUACGAUUUCGCUUCAUCCGAAAUUCGUGUGCGCAAAAGUUGGGCUUCUCCAACGCCGAGCUUCUUCAGGACACAGACUGGAGCAAGGUUAAGAUAGAUCCACGGAGAGCGCAGCCGAAACUGCCUAGCUGGGUUUGGGGCCACGAUCCUGAAGUUUACGCAUAUCAGAAUUACCACAGGGCUGUCAAAAGUAUGAAGAUGGGUGUGCCAUUUGACGAGGAUGACAGUAUCCCACCCAACUAUCCCCCUGGUUACCGGUAUGAGCCGUGGAGCAUUGAGCAGAUCAUGGAUGACGUAAGAAACGGAAAGUCGGUGGAUUUGGGUUCUGGCUAUUGGGAUUGAUUCGGUCUUCGUUUGAACAGCAGGGGUCUCGAGGUGGAUAUGUACAUUAAUUGAUGUUGCAAG